UUCAAUUUUCCAACUCAGGAGGGAAGAGUCUAAAAGAAGAGCUAUCUGGGUUCUGAGGUGUCAAAAACUCUGUAAGGACCCCAUCGAGCCUGCUCUGCAGCAGAAGCUGGGAUCUGUUCUCCUCGUUGCCUCUGCUCCACCGAUUCUCCGCUCUUUCUGUCUUGCACACCAGCCAAAAAUAAAGGGGGGGGGAGAGUUGCAAACAACUGAAAAGUUGGAGAGGAGGCUUGCCAGAUCUGAUGGUGACGUGGGCUGCAAGCUCCCUGCUAGUUUGCUUGCUUGCUGGGGACACGAUUGCUCUCCAACGCUCCUCUUCCCCCACUGCUUAGGAAUAUGGCCAGCUGUGUGUAGCACCUCCGACAGGUGCAGCAUUCCCAGCAGUGCCUGCCUGGGCUACCAAAGACCCACCAUGUGGGGAACCCCUUUUUCCAUUGUGUGCUUGUUUGGCAUCGUCUUUGGCACCAGCAGAGGAGGGAAAUUGCUUGCUCCUCAGGAAGAUGAGAAAUGUCCCCAAAUGCAAAAGGAAGGUCUCCGGUUGGACCAGACUAGUGACCAAUAUGUAAACAUAACUGGAUUUAAUCUAAUUAAAAGGUUUGCUCUGCUGAAGACCUCAGCCAUUAAGAAGAUCCGCAACCCCAAAGGCCCAAUGAUCCUGCGACUGGGCAGCACCCCUCUGGUCCGACCGACGGAACAGCUGUUCCCCCGGGGCUUGCCUGAUGAAUUCACCCUGGUGGUGACUCUACUCUUGAAGAAACAGACCAGCAAAGAGAACUGGUACCUCUUCCAGGCCACCGAUCGUCAGGGGUACCCCCAGCUCUCCCUGGGGAUCAACAGCAAAGAGCAGAGCCUGGAGUUCCAAGCCAAGGGCCAGGACAAGGAGUUUGUCAGCGCCAUCUUUUCCGGAAAAGGGGUCUCCGCCCUUUUCGACUUGAAGUGGCACAAAAUGGUCCUUAGCAUCCAAAGCCAAGUGGUUUCCAUCCACAUCGACUGCAGCUACAUCUCCUCCAAGCCACUGCAACCCCGCCGGCGCCUGGCCAGGGAAGGCAACGCGUUUGUUGGAUUGGAUGCCGUGCAGGGUGCUCCUGUCACAUUUGACAUUCAGCAGCUUCACAUUUAUUGCGACCCAGCCAUGGCAAUGCAUGAGGGAUGCUGUGAGAUCUCUGAUAACGGGUGCUUUCCCGAAGCAUCUAAAACUCGCCGGGAUGUGGAAGUCAUGCAGAGCAAUGACCUGAUAGAGAUCAACCCUCAGACUGAAGGCAAGGUCUACACCCGCUGCUUCUGCUUGGAGGAGACCCAAAGCAAGCAGGAGGAGGUGAGAUCUUCUGGAAAGGUUGGUGUGAAAGAUGGCCAAGGUGACAAGUGUCCCCCAUGCUCACAGAAGUCACAGCUUUCAAAUGCCACGCUGGGUCCGCCGGGCUUAAAGGGUGGGAAAGGCGAACGUGGACCACCAGGCGUCUAUGGAUCCAAAGGGGAGAAAGGCGAUCGUGGUGCUGACUGUGUCCGGAUCUCACCUGAAGCCCCAUUACAGUGUGCUGAAGGCCCACCGGGAGAGAAGGGAGAUCAAGGAGAAAAGGGACCUCCGGGAUUGGCUGGAACAGUUGGCCAAAAGGGGCAAAAGGGUGAUAAGGGUGACUUUGGUCUUCAAGGAAAACCAGGAAGCCCAGGGCGCGAUGGCCGGCCUGGGGAGAUUUGCGUGGUGGGACCCAAAGGCCAAAAGGGUGACCCAGGGUUCGUGGGUCCUGAAGGUCUCGCUGGGGAACCAGGACCCCCGGGUCGGCCGGGUCCACCUGGAAUUGGCCUCCCAGGAAAACCAGGUGAUCCCGGUGGCCCACCAGGUCCCAGAGGAGAGAAGGGGGACUCAGGACCUCCAGGGCCAGGCGGUUCAAGUGGAAAGCCAGGGAAACCCGGGGUCCCAGGCCUGAAAGGAGACAAGGGGGACCCAUGUGAAGUCUGUCCCACUAUCUCUGAUGGGAACAAUGCAGUCAGCAUCCCUGGGAAACCAGGGCCCAAAGGGGAGCCUGGACCUCCAGGGAAACCGGGCAAAUCGGACAAGCCUGGCCCUCCAGGACUCAAAGGCAGCAGGGGGGACCCUGGGAUCAAUGGAAUUAAAGGGGAGAAGGGAGAUCAGUGUCAGUCAUGCAGCCCUGCAGCCCAGCACCUUCAGAAAGCACCCAAAGGAGAACCAGGACCACCAGGGAUUGGCCUGCCUGGCCUUCCCGGCAAAGAUGGCCUUCCAGGGCUGUCUGGACUCAAAGGAGAAAAGGGAGAUACUGGAGCUGUAGGACCUGCAGGCAAAGCUGGAGUCCGAGGGACCAAAGGGGACACUGGAGAUUCAGGAGUCAAAGGCGAAAAGGGAGAACCUUGUACUGAGUGCCCUGCCUCUCUGGAAGGUCGGGAGACCAUGGUUUCCAUUCCAGGGCCUCCAGGAGAGAAGGGUGAGCCAGGGCUUCCUGGUGCUGGACUUCCUGGAAAACCAGGAAAACCCGGGGAAUCUGGAAUGAAAGGUCAGAAGGGUGCUUCAGGAAGCCCAGGCGAUCCUGGCAUACCAGGCACAGCAGGUUUGCCUGGUCUUUCUGGUGAACCUGGAGUCAGAGGUCCAUCAGGAGCUAAAGGUGAAAAGGGUGAUGCUUGUGACUCCUGUCCCACCCUCAGUGGAGACCUCUCUGGUGCGGUUGGGAUCCCAGGAAAACCAGGUUCAAAAGGAGACCGUGGACUUCCAGGUGUGGGACAGCCAGGCAAACCUGGAAAACCAGGACUUCCAGGAGUUCAGGGACCUCCUGGCUUGAAAGGACUGCAGGGGGAGCCAGGUCCUCCAGGGAUAGGAAUCCAAGGUCCAGAAGGGGAAAUUGGACAGAAAGGCUCUCCUGGCAAUCCUGGACCCCCAGGACCUCGAGGGCCACCAGGAAAUGUUGGGGGAAAGGGGGAAAAGGGCUCCCCAGGUCUUAAAGGUGCCAUAGGACCCACUGGACCUCCAGGUGCCAGUGUUACUGGCCCACCAGGCCAAGAAGGCCAGCAGGGCCUCCCGGGAGUUCCUGGAUCCGAUGGUUCAAAGGGUGAAAAGGGAGCCAGAGGAGAGAAGGGAGAUUCUGGUGAGUGCAGCUGCCAGCCCGGCCCUCGCGUGGACUCAAGCAACAUUGGUCUUCCGGGUGCCCCAGGACUGUGGAUCGGGACUUCCUGGCAGCCUCAGCCGGGCCCUCAGGGACCACCAGGUGUUCCAGGCCCUCCAGGCCCACCAGGAGCUCCUGGGAGGCAGGGCAUCCCAGGACACAAUGGCUUGCCGGGACUGCCUGGGCCGGUGGGAGACUUGGGACCACUGGCUGCUGAGAGCAUGGCUGUCCUCAAGAACAUUUGUGGAGACUGUGCUAACAUACAAGCUUCCCAAGUCCCCGGUGCAACCAAAGGCGAAAAGGGUGACCAAGGCAUGCCGGGAGCCCCUGGCAUAGAUAAUUGUGCACGGUGCUUUGCUCUUUACCCCAGAGCAGAAGAGGCUCGGGGCGAUAGUAGCAAUGACCAAGAUUGUGCUGGAGGUCCCGGCCAUCCUGGAAUCCCUGGAUUACCUGGAGAGAGGGGGGAACAGGGCCUACCAGGCCCAAGAGGACCUCCUGGACCAAUUGGCCCCCCAGGUUUUCCUGGAACGCCUGGCGCACCUGGAUUACCUGGUCUCCAAGGUGAACGUGGAUCACCUGGGCCCCCUGGAUCCAAGGGAGAAUCGGGUCCCCCAGGUCAGCCUGGAUAUCCUGGCUCAAUGGGUCCUCCUGGGCUACCUGGUGCUAAAGGAGAACGAGGAUACGUGGGGUCAUCUGGAGAGAAAGGGGAAUCGGGUCCUCCAGGCUUGGAUGGUCCUGCAGGGCCCCCUGGACCAGCGGGUCCAAGAGGAGAACGAGGACUGCCGGGCAGCGGAGGAGAAAAAGGAGAUCAGGGAUUUCAAGGUCAACCUGGUUUCCCAGGACCACCUGGGCCGCCAGGCUUCCCAGGGAAAGCAGGACCACCUGGACCUCCAGGGCCUCCAGCAGAGAAGGGUAGCGAUGGGAUGCGUGGCUCUCCUGGCAUGGCGGGCCCACCAGGGCCUCCAGGACCCCCUGGAAUACAAGGUCCACCUGGUUUGGAAGGACUAGAUGGGAAGGACGGAAAGCCAGGGCUACGGGGCGACCCAGGACCUGCAGGACCUCCAGGAAGGAUGGGACCUCCAGGCUUCAAAGGGAAAACAGGUCACCCCGGUCUUCCAGGACAAAAGGGUGACUGUGGCGCUGCAGGGCCACCUGGGAAUCCUGGCCGGACUGGAGCUGAGGGAGAGCCAGGCCCUAUGGGACCUCAAGGCAGACCAGGUCCUCCCGGCCACCUUGGUCCCCCUGGAAGCCCUGGCCAGCCAGGCCCAGCAGGACUUUCUGGAGUUGGGCUGAAGGGUGAGAGGGGAUCGCCUGGGGAAAGAGGUCUCAGUGGGAUUCCAGGCCAGCCAGGCCCACCGGGUCACCCAGGCCCACCGGGCGAGUCAGGCUCCGACGGACAAGUGGGCAAAGAGGGUGCAGCAGGAAAACCAGGCCCUCCUGGACCCUCUGGACCAAAGGGUGAACCGGGGUCUGUAGGAGAGAGAGGACACCCUGGUGAGAAAGGCAGAGCUGGGAUGCCAGGAGGGCCAGGAAAGAGUGGCGAGAUGGGUCCUAUUGGGCCACGCGGCCCCUCUGGGGAGAGAGGGCAGCCUGGUCCUCCCGGUCCCUCAGGAAGUCCAGGGAACCCAGGCUUGCCUGGGACCAUGUUCACUGUCUUCUAUCCUGCACCGGAGCUUGGCCUUUCCAGAUCACAGCAGUGGACAGAGGAUAUCAGCCGGCCUGAUUGUGGUCAGUUCCUGGACUAUUACAUCAACCAUAUAUGCAAUCUCUACAGCAGCCGGCAUUCUUACCAAAUUCAGGGAGUGGCACUACAGGUCACCUUCCUCCUCUUCAGCCUCAGUUUUGCUCUUGCAGAAGAGGAACAAACGUCCACAGUGAAUAUGUUUCAGAAGAAUGGGUCGUCCACUCCAUGA